AGCACAGGCUGCUGCACUCUAGCCCAGGGGAGCCUCUGAGCCUUGGGCUUCUUCUCCAAGCAGCUCAGAGCCUGUCCAGACAGAGGGAGCCACACAGGGGAGGGGCAGGGGAGAGGGAAUUGCCACCUGGCCCAGGAACGGGCCCCACCCAGAGCGUCUGCUUCCCUUGCACCUGCAUUCCACCAGCCUCAGACCCUGUGCGACCUAACACCCUGAGGAGGGCCCUUCAGUCACGGUUCUCCAGCUGCUGUCCCGAGCACAGACUCGCCUGGGCAGCUGAUCCUGGACCUUCCUACAGGCAUAGAGGAAGGGUCACAGUCCGCCCUCUGCUUUGUGCAUCAGGAGCCUCUGAAAACAAAACGCAGCGGCCAGCUGCCUUACAGGCCAGACCUUUCCCACGUUCCUCACAGGAGCCGGGUGCUCAGAGGACUCUCCCUGUGAUUCGCCCUCUGUGCUUGGCCACUGCAGGGGGACGUCCUUCAUGGACAGGUGGAUGGACCGAUGGACGAAUGACAACAGCGUUUCUGGAACCUUCCGGAGAAGCAUGGAGGACAAGAAGGUGGCAGGAGAUGAAGAAAGUGCCUAUGGCUCUGAGGACGCCUCCCUGUGGCCCCAGGGGCCCCCUCUGCGGCUCAUCCUGGUGGGCAGGACAGGCGCGGGCAAGAGCGCCACCGGGAACAGCCUGCUGGGCCGCCCGGCCUUCACGUCGCGGCUGAGCCCCGUCCCGGUGACCCGCACCUGCGGCGUGGCCUCGGGCAGCUGGGCCGGGCGGGCCCUGGACGUGCUGGACACGCCGGACCUGCUGGGCCCCGGGGCCCCGCGCGCAGAGCCGGGCCGCACGGAGCGCGCGCGCUGCUACCUGCUGUCGGCGCCCGGACCGCACGCGCUGCUGCUGGUCACGCAGCUCGGCCGCUUCACUGCGCAGGACGAGCGCGCCGUGCGGGCGCUACAGGCGCUGUUCGGGCCGGGCGCGCUGGACCGCACCGUCGUGGUCUUCACCCGCGCCGAGGACCUGGGCGGCGGCAGCCUGCGCGACUACGUGCGGGGCUGCGACAACCGCGCGCUGCGGGAGCUGGUGGCGGCCUGCGGGGGCCGCGUGUGCGGCCUGGACAACCGCGCCCCCGAGCCCGUGCGCCGCGCGCAGGUGGGCGAGCUGCUGGCGCAGGUGGGCGCGGUGCUGCGGGAGCACGGGGGCGCGCCCCUCUCCAACGCGGGCUACCGCCUGGCCGGCACCCUGCGGGACCGAGCCCCCCCCGAGGAGCGGCUGCGGGCGCUGGCCGACCACCUGGCCGCCGCCAUGGACCCGCCCUGGGCGCGCCGGCUGCCCUCCGCGCUGCUGCGGCUCUGGGCGGAGGCGCUGGGCACCCGCGGGCGGCGGGGUCUGGCCGUGCUGCUGGGGGCCGCCCUGCUGCUCUACCUGCUGCUCCGCGCCCGCCAGCCCGCAGCUCUGGAGGGAGACGCGCAGUGAGGCCGCGGGCUGAGCCGCGGGGGACUGAGGACUGGUGCCCAGAGAGCGAGCCGGGCUUCCAGCCGGAGGAUCCUGUGGAGCCGUGGUGGGCACCGGCUAGAGCGCGCAUUGCUGUGCACGGGGACACGGGUUCAAGCCCCGGGUCCUCGCCUACAGGGAGGAAGCCUCGUGAAUGGAGAAACGGGAUUCCAGCUGUUCCUCCCUCUCCUGCUCUCCUCUCAAUUUUUCUGUCUCCCUCUAAAAUAAAAGAUUGAUCUUUCAAAAAAGA